UGUAGUUAUAAUGAAUAACGCGGCUUCAAGCGCUUACGCAAACGAUCAAGUUGAGUCCGAAGAUAAUGCAUCAGCUCCCAGUUUCUACGAUACGAAAGUAUUUCGCUGGUUUUCUUUAUUUUUAUAUCUCGGUGGUAUAAGUGGCCUAGGCAUGAUUUUGUCGCUAUACUACUUGCUUUUCUUCGACUCAACUAUGCCGGAUAUACAUUUGAAGUUUCCAAUAUCUAUAGACGGCAAACCAGUGCAAAAAGUUCAGUCGUAUACUUAAGAGGAUUUAAGGAUC